AUGACUAUCAAACGCAUUCUAAUACUUGUUGGUGAUUUUGUCGAGGACUAUGAAAUUAUGGUUCCAUUCCAGAUGCUCUGCAUGGUUGGUCACAAGGUGGAUGUGGCCUCUCCAGGUAAAAAAGCCGGCGAUAAAGUAGCCACUGCCAUUCAUGACUUUGAGGGACACCAAACUUACACCGAGAAGCCCGGACAUAAUUUUUCGCUGAAUUCCACAUAUUCCGAUGUCAAGGUCGAAGAUUACGACGCUUUAGUGAUACCGGGAGGACGUGCGCCAGAGCACCUGGCCACCGAUGAAAGUGUUCUCGAUCUAGUCCGCGCUUUUGCAAAGGGAGAUAAACCGAUUGCUGCCGUUUGUCACGGCCCUCAGCUUCUUGCGGCGGCCGGUGUCAUCAAUGGAAGAAAGGUGUCCGCUUACCCAGCCUGUCGUGCGGAGAUGUUGUUGGCUGGCGCUGAGUUUCAAGCCAUCAAAAUUGACGGUGCUGUGACAGAUGGAAAACUGGUGACGGCACCAGCUUGGCCAGCUCAUCCUGCUUGGAUUGGUCAGUUCCUCGCUGUUUUGGGUUCCAAAAUCGAAGCAUAA